AUGUCAAGAGCAGUCAAGGCUGGCCAGAACAUGCUCCAGGCUGGAACGGGCGCUUCCGUGAGUGACAUGGCUGCUACGCAGACCGUGAACCCAGCACUCCCACGGAGUAUUCCCGGUACGGUACUUCCUGAAGACUGUUCCCAGUUGAAUUACUUGGUUUCUUUGUCUAAUUACUUUGGUAAGGAUGCGAGUCAGGAUGCAACCAAGGAGGCCCAACCCAAGAAGAAGAGAAAGCGUAGUAAAGUCGAUAAGUCGGUAAGUCAUGGUAACACACCAGCUCAACAAAGCAAUAAAGGCCAACGGAGUAACCCGAUCAGAAGCGAUCCAGUCAGGAGUGUUCAACAGACAAAUCAACCCACUCAACCCACUCAGCUUCCUCAAGCUACUCAUCCCCAACCUCAACCUCAAAACCAACAAAGUUCUUACCAAGAAAACAAGGCCUCUGUUACUCCAUAUUCCCAGACCUUCCUUCUUGACCAAAAUGCCCAGAUAAACUAUUUGGCCUUUCAAAUCUCUCAUUUGGCCGCUCAACUAAACUCGCUCGCCGGUCAAAUCAAUCAAGUCGCUCAAACGCUCAAUCAACCUUAUUAUGUUAAUUCUCGCAUGAGGACUCCAUUCAUCUGCAACACCAUUCAUCUGCAACACCAUUCAUCUACUCCUACCACUACUCCUACCACUACUCCUACCACUACUCCUACCACUACUCCUACCACUACUCCUACUACUACUCCUACUACUACUCCUACUACUACUCCUACUACUACUCCUACUACUACUCUCUUUUCAUUUGCUCCAGCAACUCUAUCAACCUCAUUUGCUCCAUCAACAUCUACUCCUCUAUUCCACAACCGAAUUUGA